AUGACGCCAUCAGAUGAUGGAAAUGUAUCCUAUUCAGUGCAUGUCUCUGAGGAUUACCCAGAUAACACUUACGUUUCCAGUUCUGAUAACGAUGAAGAUGUGUUAGUUACAACAGAGCCAAUUCCGGUAAUUUUCCACCAAAUCGCUACAGAAUUAAGAAAAACCAGUGAUGUGAACUAUUGCUUGUCAAUAAAAUCAAAAUUACAGAGGGAGAAUGGAGAGGAGUCACGGCAAAACAGCACAGUUGAAGAAGACUCUGAAGGAGAUAAUGAUUCUGAGGAAUUUUAUUAUGGAGGACAGGUUAGCUAUGAUGGAGAACUUCACAAGCACCCACAGCUGGAAGCUGAUUUGACAGCAGUGAGAGAGAUCUAUGGACCUAAUGCAGUAUCUCUCAGGGAAUAUGGAGCCAUUGAUGAUGUAGAUAUUGAUCUGCAUAUUGAUGUUAGCUUUCUUGAUGAAGAGAUUGCUGUGGCUUGGGAUGUAAUUCGCACGGAGCCUAUAAUAGUGCGAUUACACUGUUCACUCACACAGUACCUAACUGGUCCAGUGCCAACUGUGGAUGUAUUUCAGAUCUCUACUAAGGAGAGAUUUGGACUGGGACAUCAGCUGAAAAAAAUCAUGCAGACGUUUGUUACACAACAGUGGAAGAACAGCAAAGAGAAAUCUAAUUGUACGCACAAUAAGAAGGUGUCUGACAAGAAGGUGAAAUCCCCUCUGCACAUCUUUUCUACAUUGCGCAGGUCGCCAAGUUAUCCUCCACCUGGCUGUGGUAAAAAUAAAUCAAAACUGAAGUCAGAGCAGGAUGGCAUCUCCAAAACUCAUAAGCUCCUGAGAAGGACUUGUUCUAGCACAGUGAAGGCAGAGGAUGUGUGUGCCACAAAAUCUCACAGAACCUUUGGCCGCUCGUUGUCGAGUGACCCAAGGGCUGAACAGACAAUGGCUAUUAAAUCGCACAAACUAUUGAACCGUUCUUGCUCUGCAGCCGUCAAGCAGGAGGAGUGCAUCACUUUAAAGCCCCAUAAGCUUUUAAGUAGGUCGUGUUCUGGGGAUCCUCGAUGUGAGCACAACAGCACCUUGAAGCCCCACAAACUUUUAAGCAGAUCCUGCUCCAGUAAUCUUAGAAUGGAAGAAUUGGAUGGAUUGAAGAAUCACAAGUUACUGAGCAAGACUUACUCCAAUGCCCCUAAAUCAUCCAAAAUGGAGCCUUUCAAGGAGUGCACCAUAGCAGAGAGCAGGAGGCUCUCUCUUACCUCAGGGCUUAUUGGUAUCUUAACACCAUCUUCAUCAUCCCCUUCACAAGCUGCUCAAAAUUAUGGUGCAAAAUGCAUUCCGGUAAGAGACCGUGGCUUUCUUGUGCAGACUAUUGAAUUUGCUGAGCAGCGGAUACCAGUACUGAAUGAGUACUGUGUAGUUUGUGAUGAACCCCAUGUAUUCCAGAAUGGCCCUAUGCUGAGG